AUGGCAACGGGUGUUGAAUUGAUUUUGGCCACAGCUCUAUGUUUAACCUGUGCCAAUGACACGGUGACCUAUCCGGAAGGUUUGCUCUGGGUGGAUAAAAAUUACGAAGUGGUUACAGAGGCCCCCAUAACGGAUGUACUGGAUAAGUCGCUGGAUGAUGCCCCGGCGGAGACCUUGAAUACCAUUCUGGAAAAGGCAGAAAAGUUACAAAAAUUGAAAUCUUGGCUGAGUGGACGCCACUUGAAAAUUGGUACCCUGGAAGAUUAUCCUCUAAGUUAUACUGAGACCCAACCGGAUGGCAGCAAGAAGGGAAUGGGGGUCUCUUUCAUUCUCCUUGAUUUCCUCAAGGAGAAAUUCAAUUUUACCUAUGAGGUAAUGGUGCCUAAGGGGAAUAUUAUUGGAUCGAAGGAUGACUUCCAAGGCAGUCUUAUACAAAUGUUGAAUGCAUCGGAAGUCGAUAUGGCCGCAGCAUUUCUGCCCUUACUUUCCGAACAGCGUUCAUAUAUUUUCUAUUCCACGACGACGCUGGAUGAGGGCGAAUGGAUUAUGGUUAUGCAGCGCCCUCGAGAAUCGGCCUCGGGAUCAGGUCUGUUGGCCCCCUUCGAGUUUUGGGUAUGGAUAUUGAUAUUGGUCUCGUUGCUGGCUGUGGGUCCGAUCAUUUACUUUUUGAUUAUUUUGCGGAACAAAUUAACCGGAGAUAAUAGUCAGAAGCCGUAUUCGUUGGGUCACUGUGCCUGGUUCGUGUAUGGGGCCCUGAUGAAACAGGGCAGUAUUUUGUCUCCGGUGGCGGAUUCGACACGUCUGCUGUUCGCUACCUGGUGGAUAUUUAUAACCAUAUUAACAUCAUUCUACACGGCCAAUUUAACCGCUUUCCUCACGCUAUCCCAGUUCACGUUGCCCUACAAUACGGUCAACGAUAUUUUGGCCAAAAAUAAACAUUUUGUAUCGCAACGGGGCAGUGGCAUCGAAUAUGCCAUAAAAUUGACCAACGAAAGCUUGUCUAUGCUAAGUGGCAUGGCGACACGUAACUUGGCCGUCUUUACCGAUGAUACGAAUGACACCCUGAAUUUGCGUAAAUAUGUGGAGAAAUAUGGUUAUGUAUUUGUGCGGGAUCGUCCCGCCAUUACCCAUGUCCUGUAUGAGGAUUAUUUGUAUCGUAAGACGAUAAGCUAUGAUAAUGAGAAGAUCCAUUGUCCCUUUGCCAAGGCUAAGGAACCAUUUUUGAAGAAGAAACGAUCAUUUGCCUAUCCGAGGAAUAGUAAUUUGAGUGAUCUGUUUGAUCGAGAACUCCUCAACCUCGUCGAAUCCGGCAUCAUCAAACAUCUCUCGGCCAAGGACUUGCCGAAUGCGGAAAUCUGCCCUCAAAACCUCGGCGGUACCGAACGUCAGCUACGCAAUGGCGAUCUGAUGAUGACCUAUUAUAUAAUGUUCGCUGGUUUUGCCACUUCGAUUGUGGUCUUCUCUACCGAAAUGCUAUUUCGUUAUCUCAACAAUCGGCGAGAAUCGAAUCAAUGGGCCACCACCCACGGGGUGGGUCGGACACCCAACGGAGGACUGCAUAAGCCGUCGAAAUGGUUUUGGCGCCGCAGCAGUGAAUCGAAUAAACAGUUGUUGGGUAGUUCGCAUUCGAAUAACAUCACCCCACCACCACCGUAUCAGAGCAUAUUCAAUAAUGGGAAAGGUUUUCAGGAGAAUACCAGCAUGCGGAGAUGGCAUCAUGCGGCAAAUUAUGGUGCCAAUGCGGCGGCGGGAGGUUUUGGGGUGCUGCGACCGGUUGGAAAUUAUUAUGGUAAUGAUGCGGCGGCUGGUAGUUCGAGGAAUUCAGGGGCUUUGGAAUCGACGGGUCUGCGGAAGUUCAUUAAUGGUCGGGAGUAUAUGGUGUAUCGCACGCCGGACGGGCUGAAUCAGUUGGUACCGGUAAGGGUGCCAUCGGCUGCUUUGUUUCAAUAUACAUAUACGGAGUAA